AUGAACACCCAAAACAUCCCUUUUGACCAUCACGAGGCGCCUCGCCCGUGGUCCUCUGAACUUCCUCGCAACCCGCCAAGAACUCCUCACGACUCCGAGUCUACACUUCGCCUCGACAGGCACGCCACUUCAGCUUCGCAGCCGCACUCGCUCUCGCCGCAGGCCACCCUUCGCCCGCACCGUCACUCUACGCCUCUCUCACAAUCGGCUUCCACGCCAGAACUCUACGGCCCUCACCGACACCGCAAGUUCACUCGACCUUUUACCAAUCUUGGCCGCCAUGUGCUGAAGGCUACACCUCCGCCUGCUGUUCGCUUUGACGAGUCCCAGCUUGCCAUGUUCGCCGCUGACAAUUCCGCCCGUAUGGCCGGUAUCAAAGACGAGUUCACAAUUGCCGCUGGCAAAGUCACACCUGGCGUAGACGACACGCCAUAUAUUCAGUACGCUCUGGAAGCGCUUACUCGUGAGCGUGCGAGCCCAAUGCCAGAAGAACAGCCUUCGCCGCACUCGGCCGCCGAGUACAUGGACAAUCUUGUCCGCUCAGCGACACUCCGCCAAGCGAAGCGAGAGUUGUCAGACGUGUCGGAGCCAGACGCAGCAUUUGUUACUCCUCAGGCUUUCCAUACCAAUGAGCAGCGUCUCGCUGGUAUUCUUUCACAGACACGCAGCCUUCCGACCACGAUGUCGGCCCCGGCCCGCAGCCGCAGCUGGGACCAGAGCUUCUCUUCUUCGGAGCACUGGGUCGCCAUCACAGACGAUAUGCGCCAGACUCUCGAUCCUCGCGGCCGUACAUGCCCGCCGCUAAGAUAUAAGCCGCGCAUUCUACGACCCUUCUCCAUGCUGAUUCUCAUCACUCUUUGCCUUAUCAUGACCGCCGCGCUUGUCUACUCUGCGCAAGCAUCCAACCAGCACAACGGCCUCCUCGACUUUGCCGGUACCCUCUACUCGUCGCAAUACUUCAUCUUCCGCAUCCUCCCCCAGCUUCUCGGUUGUGUUAUCCUCCUCUACGCCCAAAGCAUCGUCAACGCCUCUCUCCGCAUCCUGCCAUUUGUGUCGCUGGCUGACGAAGACCCUCGCGCACGCUACAUGGCCCUCUUCCAGCCUCUCUAUCCCGUCUCGCUGCUUCACCCACAGCUCGUUGGACCCUGGCAAUUCAAGCUCUUUGACAUUGCCACAUGGCUCACCCUCUUCACCGUCCCUCUCUUGAGUGCCACAUAUGUCAAUGUCUUCAUCGAUACUGAAUGGCGCUGGAUGCCUGUCCAAGGCAUAGUCUGGGCUCUGGUCGGCAUAUAUGGUGUGCUCAUUAUCUCCACAGCGAUCCUCAUGGUCUUUUGGUUCGGCAAAUGGACUGGUCUUCUCUGGGACAUGCGUUCGAUUGCCGACCUGCUCCCACUUCUCAACCGCAGCAAUGCUCUCAGCAGCUUCGACCAGCAUGACUUGUCUGAGAACAAGGACGACUUCAAGAUGCAGCUCCGCGACCGCUGGUUCGACAGACUCGGCUACUGGCGCACUGGCGAUCUAAUCAACGGCGGCACCUGGUACACUAUUGGCGCUGUCGGUGCCCGUGCUGACGACCACCGUGCCGGACGACCCCGUGGCCACGGCGGCGACGAACGCCCAUCAUUCGAAUCCGAAGAUCUCAAAGCUCCAAUGCCCAUGGGCGGCAACUUUGGCCGCUACUUGCCAUGGUGCCUCCGCAACGCUGCCAUCAUCUCCGGUGCCGUCCUAUCCACGAUGCUCGCCCUUGCCAUUCUCCUUGUCGCUUUCUUGCCUCAGACGCGCCUCGACGAUGGCUUUCUGCCUCUGCUCCCUGCCCGGCCCACGCCCGUCGCCUUCUCCGCUGCCAACUUCCUCUACAGCUUCCUCCCGUCCUUCGUCGGCAUGAUUCUCUUCCUGCUCUUCCAGAGCGUCGACAUGGCUCUCCGCCGCGUUCAGCCCUGGGCCGACCUCACCCAGCUUUCCGGUGCACCCGCAGGCAGGUCUCUGCUUGCCGACUACUCCGCCUGCCACCCUUUCCAAGCCUCCCUACGCGCUGCACGCAACGGCCACUGGCGCCUCGCUUUUAUCUCGCUCAUAGCCCAGCUCUUCGUCUUCCUCCCCAUCCUCAGCGGUGGCCUGCUUAUUGCGCUAACCAGUACUGACGAUGACAAGGUCCGCAUGUACGCCAGCAUGCCUGUGUUUGGCGUCCUCGUCGCGCUUCUGGUGCUCUAUGCCGGUUGCUUCUUUCUUCUAAUUCCCCGUCGCACACAAUUCGAGCUGCCCCGCCCUGUUACUACUAUUGCCGCUAUGAUGAGCCUCUGCUCGUCCCGCGAGCUAGUCCGCGACGCCGCGUUCCGUGCCAUUCGCUCCCGCGAAGAUCUCAAGGGCCGUCUUGGUGUGGGCUGCUCCGACCCGCGCCAAGAGAGCGUCUGGUUCUACGGUGUUGUCCCCGGACGCGACGAGCACCGCGUGAGCGUCCGAAGGAUGCAAAAGUACACGGAGAAGCGGCCAGUGCGGACCGUUGCGGCCAUGGUGUAA